AUGGGCCGAGAUGGUCUGGCACCCCAUUUCUCCGCCAGGCUUUUCGCUGAGCCCUUCUACCGCUUGGCGCACGGAGAGGCCGACCAUUUGCCCGGGCUGGUGAUUGAUCGUUAUGACGAUCAUCUUUGUAUUCAACCCUUUUCCGGCUUGGACGAGUUGCUGUGGCCCAUUGCCGAUGCCCUGGACGAGGCGGACCACAAACGGGGACCAAGGGGCCAAGCCUCUUUCGCUGUGGUCUUCAUGGAUUUUCCCCAGCCGACGGGCAACUUGCGGUGCUUGGCGACACUCAUGCUAGUUCACCAGCGGCGGGUUGCUCGACGUGUCUGCAAGUCCCACGGCGAUGUCUCCACGCACUUGGCCGCCCAGGAGCACUUUGCACACUUCUCUCGUUUGCUGGAAGUGGAACGGAAGUAUGAGUUGAAACAGCACUUGGAGCAAAGUGGAAGCUCUCAGAACCAGCCGUUGCGCCCUGUGACCGCCAGAGUUUUAGAAAGAGAGGAUGCGCUGAUUCGGUUCAGGUUGCCGGACGACACCAAAAGCCAAAUUCCGCCACACUUUCAGGAAAGUGUGCACGUCGCAGUGGCUUGGCACGAGUCUGGAGGUCCACUUGGGCAGCAAAAUGGUGGCGAUGAAGGUGAAGGUCAAAGCAGGCACUUCCCAGAGUUCUUCAUCGGUCACAUAAUUCGUGGAGCGGGGCAUGAAGAUAGCAGGUUUUUGGAUAUUAAACUCGACUCGCGGGCAUGGCUCACGUGCGAGGAGGGGACACGUGUUCAUGACAUCAUUUGCCAUCCGUUGGACAUCGUUUCCGAUCUCGACCAGUUCAAGUCUUCUCAGCAGUGGCGGAUUGAUCUAUGGUACAGCGAAGUGACCUUUCAGCGCAUGAAGCAGAGCAUCCGCCAAAUGCUCCAGACCUACGAAGAGCGUUUCUCUCGUGCCCAGCGAAAAAAACGCCAGCGAAAGCGACGGAAAUCGGGCGAGGAAGUGCUGGACACCAUCGCGGCAUCUUUUCCGUCAACACAGUCCUUACUGCCACGAGCCUAUCAGCUCCAGAGGCAGCCGACGCAGCCCCAGCCGCAGUCCAAGCGCAGACCAGAGCCACGAGGUCCUCGUGGUCGUCGAGAGACGAAGCGGCCAGAAGGCCGCGGACGUAAUUUUUUCGGGGACGAUCUCAAUGAGGCUCAAGGCCAUUGCGUUGCUGAAGCCCUGAAGCAACCAAUUCUACUGAUACAAGGCCCACCUGGCACUGGCAAGACGCGCACCAUUUGUCACAUGAUCCGAGAACUCCUGGACUUCGAGGCCACGCUCCUGACACCUCGCAGGAUCCUGGCAUGUGCCUACACCAAUGCUGCAGCGGAUGUUCUAUUGAGGUCACUUGCCGACAUAGGUGUGAGCGCUUUGAGGCUGGGAGUGCCCUCAGAUGUCAAUCUGAAGCAGUACACACUGAGCUACGCCAUCAAAGAGAACCCUCUCAUGAGACAAAAGUUGGAUGAGUUGAUCUCAGUCGCAAGUACUCUCAAAGAAAUCCGCUCCAGUGACGUCUACUCUCAUGCGGACGAUGGCAAUUUGCUCCGCACCUUCACCAAUAUCAAGGACCAGGUCGUGGUGACCACGUGCAUCGGCGCCGGCGAUCCCCUCCUCGACGGGCUGGCCUUCGGCAGCGUCCUCAUCGACGAAGCGUCGCAGGCGACAGAGCCGGCGACCCUGGUGCCACUCAUGCGCUGCGCUGGACGAUGCAUCCUCGUGGGCGACCAGCAGCAACUGCCACCGGUAGUUCACAGCCCCGUUGCGCGGGAUGGAGGCCUCGCAGUGUCUCUUUUCUCACGACUCAUCCUGAGUGGCUUGCCAGUUCAGAUGCUGCGGGUACAGUAUCGGAUGCACCCGCAGAUCAUGAACUUCAUCUCCCAGCAGUUUUAUCAGGGCCAUUUGCAGUCCCAUGAUUCAGUUGCACGAGAAUUGCUGCCGGGCUUUGAGUGGGAGAAUGGGUGUCCGAUUGCAAUCCUAGACAGCAGAAAGCUGAAAGGUUCGGGUGAAAGGAAAAGCGGUUUCUCAUUCACCAACCGCGAGGAAGCCAAAUCACUUGUCCGAACUUUGGAAAACAUCAUGAAGUCUGGAAGUGUUCCAGCAGCUGACAUUGGAGUCUACAGCCCCUAUCGCGCACAGGUCAAGCUCCUUCGGCAGCUGAUCAGUCGAAGUAAGCUGUGUCAAGCCAUCAGGGUGUUGACCGUCGAUGCUUCGCAGGGAUCAGAGAAAGAGCUGGUCUUGCUCAGCCUAGUGCGCCAAAACAAUGAAGGCAAUGUGGGCUUCUUGAGCGACUGGCGGCGCCUGAACGUCGCCGUCUCGCGCGCGCGGCGGGGUUUGAUGGUUUUCGCGGCCAGGGACAUGCUCUGCCAGGAUCAAUACUGGGUCCUGAAGCCCAAAGUGGUGAUCAUCCGCCAGGACACGCCGGGCCGACGCAGGGAGAAAGCUGCCCUGAAACGAGAAGUUCUGAAAGGCUCCUACCAGGGCCCCAGCGAGCUGAGAGAGCAUGGUGCAUCCUUUGCCGUGGACCUGCUCAGUGGCCAAAAGACUGGCUGGUACUACGACCAGCGAGAGAAUCGCUUGAUGUUGGCCAACCUCGUGCGGGGUUCGCUCCCCCGUGUGCUGGACGUCUACAGCUACGUUGGUGGCUUCGGCGUGCUGUUGGCGCAUUACGGUGCCGCCUCGGUGCUGUGUGUCGACAGCAGCGAGGCGGCGCUGGAGCUGCUGCGGCGCUCCGCAGCGAUGAACGCCGUGCAGAGCUGCGUGAGGUCCAUCCGCGCGGAUGCCAUGGACUUCUUGCAGGAGAAGAGCCGGCAAAAGGCUGCAGGGGAAGACCUUGAAGACUCGGAGUUUGACUUGGUGAUCCUGGAUCCCCCGAACCUGGGCGUGGAUCGGCUCACGGCGUCCAAGGCCCUGCGGCACUACGAGAAGCUGGUCACAGCGGCGGCCUCGCUUUGUGCGCCGGGUGGGAUGCUCUUCGUCGCCUCCUGCACCUUUUCCAUAGGCGAGCGAGAGCUCAUGGGAGUUUGCCACCGGUCCUUGGCAUGGCUCCAGCGCGAUUAUCGCCUGGUGAGCAGCGUGCCGCUGCUGGCCGCGCUGGCGCCACAGCUGCAACAGCGGCUCAGCGCCGACCAGCUGCGGGCACCACACCUGGCACAGGUGUGCGGCGCCUAUUGCCACGCGCGGUUCCUGGAGAGUACCCACGUCACGGUGAUCUUGGAGGCAGCACGCUUCACGCUCAAAGAGGCGACGCCCCUGGAGCUCACACGCCUCGUGCGCGCGGGCAUCCGGGCGAAGGCCGCGAACGCGGAGCUGGUCAUCAAGGAGGCUGCCUGGCUGGCUGGGGCACAAGCCGAAGUGAUGUUGCCACAUGAGCUGGCCCGCACCGCCGGGACCUUUGGUGGCGAGUGCGCCGCGUUCCUCGCGGCUAGCGAUGGUGGGGAGGUGGAGGCGGUGGAAGCAUCUGCUGCGUCUGCUGAGCUGCUCCACAUCUUGACGCGCGGGAGAAGUGCAGCACAGGUUGCACCGCAGCUGCUUGAAGCUUGCGCCAGGCCAAUCUGCAAAUAUAUUACAUACCACAAUAUUGACAGCUGUAAUGUUAUAAGAUAG